GUCCAGAUUUCCGAUAGCCCAGUGCAUCCCUGAUACAAGUGUGUGCUCAAGUAGAGGGGCACUUCCGAAAUGGAAAAAAAUCAAAGGAAAUGUUUUAAGGAUGAAUCAGCAAGAAACUAAAAAUUUUGGAUUAAGAUGCUAUAAAAUUGCCUAGAUUUUCGUCUAUUUUUUAACCUCUCUAAAAUAGUCUGCAACAUUACCCAAAAAUUCUUCAAAGCCUUUUUCAAUUUUCUGUAAUAUUUUUAAUUUUAGGUUGCUCGUGAAUUGCAUGACCAAAAAACUGCAGUUAAUGCUUUACUUGCUGAUGGUUUUAAAUUUGCUCAUCCUCUCAAACAUAUGGGUAAAACCUCUAAAGAUUUGCCAGUUCUUGCUAUUGACUCUUUCCAACAUAUGUUUUUGUUUGAGAAUAUGCAUGAAUUACAUGAGCCUGGCAAAUUAAGACAGUUUAUUAUGGAUUUACAUUCUGGCGAACUUCACAAAAAAUUCCAUGAGACUUUAGAUGAAAAAAUUGCCGAAAUUCAAAAGAAAGCACUUGAACAGCUUAACGAUGAUUUUGGAAGUCCUCCAAGUGAAGGAGAUGGCGGUGGUGGUGCUAAACCCCCCUCAAUAAUGCCAAAAGACACAACACCAGUACCUUCAAUAUUUAAAGAAUUGAAACCUUCAGAGAAGCGUUAUUCUCUUUUACAAAAAACUGAGCUGUGAUUGAAUGAGAAUGGAAACUAUAGUUUUAUUUUAAUAAUUAUUAUUAUUAUUUUGGGGGGCCUUUUAAAAAGUAAUACUUAUUUAUUUAAAAAAAGAGUGUCUUGGGUAUUUUUUUAAAAUUAAUUGUGGACUAAAAAUGGAUUGAUGAUUUUAAGAUAAUAUGUAGGGGUUUAUUUUUGAUAUGAAAUAUUCUGAUUUUCCUUUCAAUCAGAAUUCUAAUUUUUCCUUAAAAUUCUGAUCUGUGUCUGGAAAUCUAAUUUCCUAACACUCAGGAGGGGUUGUUUAUGCUGUUUCACAUAUCUUUGAUAUGAUGCGUCUCUUAACUCAUAAUACAGCAUCAUGGGUUUUAAAAAACGGAACGGGGUACUUAUCUUCAUAGAGCUG